AUGUCUUCUUUAAAUGACAUGGAAUUAUUUGAUGAUAUAGUCGAAGAUGGUGGUCUUGAACCACAACCAUUAUCAGAUGAUGAUUUACCAAGCGAAGAAGAUGAUGAUGACGAUGAUGAUGAUGAUGAUGAAUUUGAUAAAACAGAUAUUGCUCAUGGUUCAAUUAAUAUUAAAAAACCAUUGGCUGGAAUGUUACCAAAUACAUAUGAAGGAAAAACAGCUGAAGAACUUUUUCCAGCAUUUAAACCUAAUGCUAUUCUUCAAUUUAAUAAAAUCUUUGGUGUUGGUAAAUCAAAUCAUUUACCAAAACUUUGGACAAAUUUACGUAAAAGAUCUGUAAAUGGGAAUGUUAAUCAUGAGAUUCGUGAAGCAAACAUAACUGAAUGUGUAAUUGAUAAUGAAACACAAUUUCUUGGUCGUUUACCUCCAGUAAUAAAUGAACCAGUAUCUGAUGGACAAGAUUCAUCAUUAACUGAUUUGAAAAUAGCUAAUUGGCGUGUUGGUCCAGCUCGAUUAUGGUAUGAUCAAAUUGGUUUAAGUCUUGAUUUAUCAACAUAUGAUUAUGGUUUUAAAUUAAAACAAUCACAAACAUUACAAACACAGAUAUCAAAAGAAUCAAUAACAAAUGAUAAUGAAUUAACAGGACAUGCAUCAUUACCUGUUAAUUUAAUACGUUGGGAAGAUGAUAUUAUAUAUGAUACAUCAAUAUUACGAGAUAAACUUGAUUUAAAUACACCAAAAAUUCGAUAUUGUGGUUGGGUACCAACAACAAAUUAUCGUUCAUUAGCAAGUUUUCAAAAAAAUGUUUUUGGAAAAAAUGUCGAUUAUUUAGAAAAUACAAAUGAUGAUGAUGCGAAAUAUAAAUCAUGGUAUUCAAUUUUUCCAAUUGAUAAUUAUGAUUUAAUGUAUGGUGAUUGGGAAAAAGAUAUUAUUAUUGAUCCAGAAAAUAUGGAACGUAUACGUGAACCACCAGAAUUAAUUCUUGAUGAAAAUGAUGAUCAUUUAAUAUUCGAAAUACCUACUGAUCCAAAUGAUUGCCAAACUCGUCAACAACAACGUAAUCGAGAUUCACGUGAAAAAUCUGAUGGUAAUACAUCAAUUAGUCCAACAAAAGCUGGAAAAAUUCCACAUAAAGAUACACGAGGACGUGUUACACGUCGAGUUCUUACGGGCAGUGGUAUAUUAAAAGAAACAAUAGAUAAUGAUGAUGAUGCUAAUGAUCAAACAGAUAGUCCAAAAAAUGAUUUUUGGAAUUUAUCAAAUGAUGAAUAUUAUAAUCCACGAUUAGUUGAUUCUGUUGGAAAAAAUCUUGGUACACUUAAUCUUCAACAUGCUACACCAGCUGUUGAACUUUGUACACAAUUAUUUCCAACACAUUUAAAUGCAACAAAAUUACGUCAUUUUCAUCGACCAACAAUUAAAAAAUUUUUACACGGAAAAUUAAAACCUGGUGAAUAUCAUUCAGUUCAAUCCGUACAAAAACUAUCUGAAACUCGUGCAGCUGAAAGAGAAAAAGAACGACAAGCAUAUGGUGGUGGUGAAAUGUUUUAUAUGCGUCGUUUACAAGAUUUAAGUGCUUUAGAUAGUGAUUUAGUUUUAGCUGAAUAUUGUGAACAAUAUCCACCUUUACUUAAUCAAAUUGGAAUGGCAACAAGAAUAAAAAAUUAUUUUAAAAAGAAACCAGGUAAACAAGAUAAUCCACCAAUGUUAGAUUACGGUGAAAUAUCUUAUGCUCAUACAUCACCUUUUCAAGCUGAUAUGCUUCCUGGAGAAAUUCUACAAGCUUUUGAAAAUCAUAUGUUUCGUGCACCAAUAUUUCAUCAUGAAUUACUUCCAGCAGAUUUUAUAGUUCUUCGUACAAAACAAAAUUAUCAUAUACGUAAUGUAAAAAAUAUAUUUACAAUUGGACAAGAAUGUCCAUUACAAGAAGUUCCUGGACCAAAUUCUAAACGUGCAAAUAUAUUUGCAAGAGAUUUUCUUCAAGCAUAUAUAUUUCGUUUAUUUUGGAAAAGUCGUGAUAAACCACCACGAAUUAAAAUGGAAGAUGUUAGAAAAGCAUUUCCACAAAAUGCUGAAAAUAGUAUAAGAAAACGUUUAAAAAUGAGUUCAGAUUUUAAACGUACAGGAGGUGUUCAUUGCAAUUGGUGGGUUUUACGUAGUGAUUUUCGUUUACCAAGUCAAGAAGAAAUUCGACAAUUAGUUACACCUGAACAAUGUUGUGCUUAUUAUAGUAUGCAAGCAGCUGAACAACGACUUAAAGAUGCUGGUUAUGGUGAAAAAGUUUUAUUUGCUGCUGUUGAUGAAGAAGCUGCUGAUGAAAAUGAUACAAGUAAAAUCGAAGAUGAAGUUAAAUGUGCUCCAUGGCAUACAACAAAAGCCUAUCUUGAUUCACUUAAAGGUAAAUGUUGGUUACAAUUACGUGGUUUUUCUGAUCCAACUGGAUGUGGUGAAGGUUUUUCAUAUGUUCGUGUUUCAAACAAACCUAAUGCUCGAGAAGCUGAACCUGAAGCAAUACAAACAAAAAAAAUGGUUACAGGAACAGAUGCUGACUUACGUCGUCUUCAUUUAAAAGAUGCAAAAAAAAUUCUUAAUAAAUUUGGUGUAUCUGAUAGUUUUGUUCGAAAUCUUUCACGAUGGCAAAUUAUUGAUAUUGUACGAACAAUGUCAACAGCACGUGCUCGUGAUGGAGAAGAAGGUGCUGCUAUGGCUAAAUUUGCUCGUGGAAAUCGUUAUAGUCAAAUGGAAUAUCAAGAAAAAUAUAAAGAAGAUUGUCGAAAAAUUUUUGAAAUACAAAAUAAAUCUUUAGCAUCAAAUCAUUUAACAUCAACAGAUAAUGAAACAAGUGGUGAUGAAGAUUCUGAUGUUGAUGAAAUGAGAAAAAAUCUUGAAUCAAUGUUAGAACCAACUGUAUCAAAACAAUCAUUACAUGAAAUAAAACCUAAUGUUGAUACAUUAGAUACAGCAAAAAAAACUGGUUCACGUGUACUUAAAAUUGUACGUACAUAUCUUGAUGAUAAUGGACGUGAAUAUCAACGAGUUGAAUAUGUACAUAAACCAAUGGUUGUUGAAGCUUAUUCAAAAAUUCGUACAACGAAAGAUAAUGAUUUUAUUCGACAAUUUUUCACACUUGAUGAUGAUCAACGUGAAAAUUUACGACGUGAACGUCGUCGAUUACAAGAACAAUUACGUCGUGUUCGUCGACAAGAUCGUUUACAACAACGUAAUACAACAAUAUCAACAAAUACAAAUAUUGAUCAUCAUUCACCAUCAUCACGUUCAACAAAUCCAUCACCAAUACGUAAUUCACAUUUACAAUUAAAUAAUAUUAAUCAUAAUAAUAAUAAUAAUAAUGAUUUAUCAUCAAUAAAAUUAUCAAAUGAUUCGGAUUUUUUAAUUAAAAAUGAUAUUCAUAUUAUGGAUGAUAAUCAUUCAGAUUUAUUUAUGGAUAAUAAUCAUAAUAUAACAUCAACUAGUCAAUUAAUAUCAACAGCAAUAGAUAAUUUAAAUAGUAAUAGUCAAUCUGGUUUGGUUCAUUAUUUUAGUUCAACAUCAUUUAAUGAUGAUGGACAAGAAAAUAAUGAAAUGAUUAAUUCAAUAACAUUACCAAUAAAUGGUACUGAUUCAACAACAACAACAACGACAACAACAAUUAAACGAAGAAAAAAAUCUGAAAAAGAUCUUAAAUCGCUUAAAUGUGGUGCAUGUGGUGCUCAAGGUCAUAUGAGAACAAAUCGAGUUUGUCCAAUGUAUGGAAAAACAACAAAUAAUGGAAAUAUUCAAACAAAUAUAACGGUUGAUAAUGAAGAUGCACAACAUAGUUUUGAUUUACAACAACAUGAUAUAACAAAUACUUCAAUGAAUGUUGGAGAUGUUUCAGUUAAGAUGGUUGAAGGUGGUGGAACAAAAUUAAUCUUUGCAAAAAAUGUACUUGAUAAAGUUUCAUCAAAAGAAUCUUCACGAAAAUCAAAAAAAUCGAGAACAUCCAAAUUAUCAUUAAGUGGAAUUGAAUCAAUAGGUGAUGGUGAUGAAUCAACAACAAAUAGUCAAUUAUUAUCAAUUAAUUCUAAUUUAAAUAUUGAACGACCACCAACACCUCCACCUAUUGUUCAUGUAUCAAAAAUUCCAUUUAUACCACCAACAAAAUCAUCACCAUCAUCAUCACCACCAAUUAAUUUAACUUAUACACCGACAUCUAGUGGUACACUUAAAACAACAUUAUCACAUACAGGUCAUAGUAGACGUAAAAGUUCAACAACACCAACAAAUGUUGGAAAUUAUCUUAAACAUAGUCAAAGUUGUAUUAGUGCAACAUCAUCAACAGGAUUUCGUCAACAACCAACAUCAACACCAUUAUCAACUGGUCCAUUAGGUACAAUGUUUUCAUUUCCACCAAAUACACCAACAACACCAACACCUGCAUCAACUAGUAUAGAUUAUUUAGAUAAACGUGCAAGAACUGUACAAAGAAGACGUAUUGAUCCUCUUGUUAGUUUUGCUACUUUACUUGAAAGUAUUCUUAAUGAACUUCGUGAUAUGCCUGAAGCAACAAUGUUUUUAACACCAGUUAAUUCUCGAAGUUAUCCAGCUUAUUAUGAAAUAAUAAAAAAUCCAAUGGAUUUACAAAAAAUUCGUCAACGUGUUCUUGCUCAUACAUAUGAAACUCGGGAAGGAUUUUUAAAUGAUAUACGACAAUUAGUUGAGAAUAGUCGUCAAUUUAAUGGUGAAUUUGAUCAAAUAACUCGUGAUGCACAAACAAUAUUUGCUGCUUGUUUUCAAAAAUUUGCUGCUAAUGAAGAUAAAUUAAUGAAAUUAGAAAAAGCAAUAAAUCCAUUAUUAGAUGAUGAUCUUCUUGUUGCUCUAUCAUAUUUAUUUGAACGUAUAUUAAGUGAACAUUUAAUGAAUGUUGAAAAUUCUCGGCCAUUUCAUCAUGCUGUUAAUAAAGUUCGUUUUAAAGAUUAUUAUGAUAUUGUUAAAACACCAAUGGAUUUAGAAAAAAUUAAAAAUAAUAUUCUUAAACAUACAUAUCGUUCACGUGCAUCAAUGUUAGCUGAUGUUAAUUUACUUUAUACAAAUAGUGUUCAAUAUAAUGGUGAAAUACAUUCCAUAACAGCAGUAGCAUCAAAAAUAGUUCAAACAUGUAAAGAACAAUUCGAAGAACAUUCUGAACAAUUUGAUGCACUUGAACGAAAUCUUGAACAACAAGCAUUAGGUUUAGUAAAACCUAUAGAACAACAAUCACAUGAUGAUGAUUGGCAACAAAUGAUUACAACAGAUUCAACAAAUCAUUUUCCAUUUAAUCAAUUAGUAGAAGAACCCGAUGAUAAUAAUGAUUUAAAAAGUCCAACAACACCUGGUAUGUCACUUGAAACAUUUAUUGCACGUGAUUUAGCAGCUAUGGAACAUAAUAUGCAAGUUAUGGAAACCGAACAAAAUGAAGAUAAUGAUGAUGAUAAUGAACAAUAUCAAACAACUGGAGGAAUUACAACAGACGAUAUUUUAGGUAGUAUAAGUGAAUCGGAUAAAUCUGAUGAUGAUAAUGAUACAAAACAAUCAUCAUCUAUAUUUACAUCUAAACCUAAAUCAAAGAAUUCAAAUUUAAUACCAAAUGAAACAUUAUUAUCAUCAUCAUCAUCAAAACAUCGUCAUCAUAAACAUUCAAAAAAACGUUUGAAAACAUUUCAUUCUCAUACAACAUCAACUGAUGCAGCUGCAUUACAAUUAUCUGAAGAUGAACUCUAA